UCCGAGAAGUGCGCGAGCGUGGAAAUGGUAGCAAGAUGGCGGCGCUGAAGGAGGAGCAGUGUUACGGGCUGUCCUGUGGCAGAGUCAGCAACGGCAGCAACGUCUCCGUGUUCCACGUUAAACUGACUGACAGUGCGUUGAGGGCGGUGGAGGACUACCAGGCCAGCAAGGGUCUGUCUGCUCAACCACUAAUCCGCUUCACUGGAAAUCAGGGGAAAAUCUCGAUACCCCAGUCCACGAGUCCAAAUGACGUGCGAACGUUUACUUUCUACCUGUCGAAUGUGGGGAGGGACAACCCCCAGGGCAGCUUCGACUGCAUCCAGCAGUACAUCACAAGUGAAGGGAGCAUACAGCUGGACUGCCUGGGAGGAAUCCAGGAUAAAAUCACGGUGUGUGCCACGGACGACUCGUACCAGAAGGCCAGGCAGAGCAUGGCACAGGCGGAGGAGGAGACACGCAGCCGCGCCGCCAUCGUCAUCAAACCCGGUGGCAGAUACGUGGGUAAACGCGUCCAGAUCCGGAAGCCAGCGAUGGCACUUUCAGACGUGGCCCCGUCGCGGCGCUUCUCCCGUCCUGUACUCAUCUCCAGCAAUAUGAAGAAGAGCACGGCACCGCCACGGCCGCUCAGGGAGCGUCUCGUCCACUUACUCGCCCUCAAACCUUACCGCAAGCCCGAGCUGCUGGUGCGCCUCACAAAGGACGGCCUCUCGCCCCAGGACAAGGACACUUUAGACAGCCUCCUGCAACAGGUGGCUAAUCUGAAUAGCAAGGACAACACCUUCACAUUGAAGGACUGUUUGUUUAAGGAGGUUCAGAAGGAUUGGCCUGGCUACACCGAGGUAGACCAGCAAAUCCUCAAGAGGAUCCUUGUACGGAAACUGUGCAAGGCUCAGAGUAGUGGUGUUGUGCCGGGAGAGAAUCCGGUCAGCCCACACAAAGAACAGGCCAGUAGCUCUCCAUCUCAGAAAAGAACUACUGAAGAAUUUAUCGACCCCCUGGCAAGCAAGAAGCCCAGGAUAUCGCACCUGAUCAGUAAGGGAUCGACACCCGUGAACGGAAAAUUAAACUCUUCGAACGGGAAGGACUCCUGUGGCUUAUCCAAUGCCCCGCUUCCUCUGCUGGAUCUGUCUCAGCACCUCGAGCCGCUGUCGGACGUCAGCAACGACUCGAGCCACAACGGCAGGGACUGUGAAGGUCAGGAGGCGGCGGUGGCCGAGAGGCUCAGCCAGACACCGGCCGUGACGGGGAGCGGCCCGCGGGCAGAGGCGUUGUCAGGGUCCGCGCCGUCGGUGCCCUGCAGCGUAGAAGCAUCGAAGGACCCCAGCACCUCGCCCACGCCACAUGGCAAGUCCAAAAAGUCCAAAAAACGUAAAGAUAAAGACAAGUCUAGGAAGAAAGAUCCAGAGAAGGAGAAGCGGGAGAGGAAAGGAACGGAGGAUGGUGACGGAUCGCAGAUGAAGAGUUUGUACAAAGUUACUGCCAGUCCAGACCUGCGCAUGAUGAGUGUUCCACAUAAAAGCACAGAUCUGAACGGGAUGUACAACAGCUCCAGUAUUCCUGCGUCUUCAUCUGUCCAGGCAGACUAUUUACUAAAGUACACUGAGAUCAGCUCCCAGGAGCAGCGACAGAGCUAUAAGAAUGACUUUAACGCGGAGUACAGCGAAUACCGGGCACUCCACGCACGAAUAGAGGGCAUCACCCGGCAGUUCACUGUGCUGGACGCUGAGCUGAAACAGCUCCAACAAGGCACAGAUCAGUAUAAGACAAUCCACAAUCAAAUACUUCAAGAGUAUCGCAAAAUAAAAAAGACUAAUCCCAACUACAGCCAAGAGAGGAACCGCUGUGAAUAUCUCCACAACAAGCUGGCACAUAUAAAGAAACUCAUAGCAGAAUAUGAUCAGCAGCAACUUCAGCAUUGGCACUAAUCAUGUUUUUUUUUUUGUUAGUUUGUUUUUCCUCUUUUAACAUCUGGAAACAAAGACAGUGAGAGAGGAGUUUCCUGUAUUUCUGUUUUCUGGCUCUAAAACAGCAAUGGCUCUGAAGGACAAAUGUCACGAGAGCAUUCCUGCCCCAUUCCUACACCUACCCUCCGACCUACACACACACACACACACGCACACACCUCUGACAUAAAGAGAGCCUGCAGCGCUAACGAGGGGGGCGGGGCCGAGAGUGUGUGGGAGGUGUUUUACACUGCGUAUGGAGAAGUCUUCUGGACAUCAGUUCCUUCUGUGAUAGCACACAGGUCUCCUAAAGAUCAGAAGGCCUUGGAGUUGUUGUUGUUGUUAUUAUUAUUAUUAUUAUUAUUAUUUUAAUGUUUUUUUUUUUUCUCCUCGCUUUAUAAACUGGGGCAGGCAACACUGAAACUGAUUUCGCAAAGUUUCCUACUUUGUUUAUUAAAAGAAAUCACAAGAAAUGUCAUGUUUCCUGAUGUAUUGAACGGAAGGUACUGAUAUUAUUAUUUAUUCUUUUGUCUUCCUGAGGGUUUAUACCAGAUCUGUUGUACACUCCUCAGUAUGAGCUCGAAUUCUUUUUUUUUUUUUUUUUUUUUUUUCAAGCUAAAAAACAAAAGAAAAAAAAUCAGUAUUUUAUGCAAAUGCUGCCUUUGGUUCCAGAUAGUCCAUAGUUUGCAGUUCAUUAAUUGAUUUAGUUUAUUCUCUGGCUUACGCAGGGACUCUGCUGAAAAUCUCAAGCCAAGCCGGUUUAGCCAAUUUUACACUGUGUGUGAGCAAAUGGAUGUCGAUAAAAUGCCUACAGGUGGCACAAUAGUGUCUUUUUGUGUUUGUGUAAAGGCUUUGACUGUAUGCUGUUGAUUUCAUUUCUGACUUGGUUAAACCUGCUAUGCCAAAGUUGGUCAUUUUUUUCUUUUUAUUUAAUGAAGAGCCUGGGUGUGUCUCAGAGUGAGAGUCGGGUGUUUACGACAUGCAGCCGUCUGUGUUUGUACUCACCCUUCUAUUAUGAAGAUGAUAAACCUAGAACUAUUUAAAUAAGUGCAGAAGCAUUACACCAGCCUUGAUGGACUUGGUUUUCAAGUCAUGUUUAUCAGGUAAACUAUCUCUCUCUCUAUAUAUAUCUCUCUCUCUAUAUAUAUAUCUAUAUAAGGUCCCUCAGAUAUGGCUGUAUCCCUUUAAAGUAUCCAGACUGUGCACACAUGCAGAGAUCACGAGAGAGCAGGCAGGAAUAUGUGCUGUAACUGUAUUUUAUUUUUUCAGCCCUUUUUGGUCAUGUAGACCUCUAGACCAAACUACAGUUUGGAGAAAUAUGUACACUUUUUUUUUUUUUGCCAUAAAUUAAAUGACUGCCCUUUAAGCGCCAGCAUUUCGAGGUGAUGGCCGACCCUUGAUGCGUUUCUCUGAGUAUUUGCCAUCUUUAGUAUUCACCCUUCAGUUUCAUUGAAGCAGAGAACAGACUGUCGCGUCUGUAAAGAUGUCUGAAGAAUGGUUUUGAAAUUGACGGCUGUCGACAAACAGUUCAUCAGAUUAUCGUUUCUGAUAUUGAGCUUUUUAUGUUUCAAAUAUUAAAAAUCUGCACUUUG